CAAACUCUGUCUCCCUCUUCAAACCACAAAAAUAUCGUCUCAAUAUAUCGCGACUCACUCUCUUCUUCUGCAUUUCCCAGCUCAGCAUUGCCCUUCUCGUUGUUUCGUCGCAGCUACAAUCCAAAUUUCCGCGCCACUGGUUUUGUCUUCUUCACUUCUACACUGAGCUGUGUUUGCGAAAUCUUCGUUGUCAUUCGCCAUGUGGCUGCGUUUCAGCGUCUCCACGGCCAUGCGCUAAACGACAACCCCACUUAGCAAGCGCGGUUUUUGAUCGUGGCGGUUGGAAAGCGAAACGCAAUCCAUGUGCGUGCUUGCUUCAGUUUCAGGCGAUGCGGUCGAGGGAAGAGAAAUUAGUAUAAAGAGGGGCCAAACCCAAACCUGAAGCUCACAACAAGAGAAGAGUACAACAUUCUUUUCUCUCUGUUUAGUUUGGAAGGGAAAAAGUGGUGAAAAUGUUUCCAUGCAUAAGUUGUACGAAGCAAACGGCGGAGGAUGAGGAAGAAGGUGGUGAGAGUGGCACGCCGAGUACAAAAGAAGCCGUCAAAAGCCUGAGCUCGCAGUUGAAGGAUAUGGCACUGAAGUUUUCAGGUGCUUACAAGCAGUGCAAACCUUGCACAGGGUCCAGUAGCUUCAAGAAAGGACAGAGACCAUUUCCUGACUUUGACACCGUUUCUGAUGGGGUUCCAUACCCCUAUAUUGGAGGUGUAAACUCAACUUCAACCCCUAAAUGGGAUUUGAGCUCCAAUUUCACUGGUGGUAGCCAAAGAUUUAUGGGGGGAUUCAGUGGUGAUAGGACCCCUAGAGUGCCUGAGGCAGCACCAGCCCCUGAUGUAGUUGUUCAGGAUCAAGAAGAAAACCAGGAGUGGGUAGCACAGGUUGAACCAGGGAUUAGCAUUACCUUUGUGACUCUUCCUAAUGGGGCAAAUGAUCUCAAAAGAAUUCGCUUCAGCCGAGAUAUUUUUGACAGGUGGCAGGCUCAAAAAUGGUGGACUGAGAAUUACGAGCGAAUCAGUGAACUUUACAACGUCCAUAGAUACAAUCAGCAAGAUCAGAACACUACUACUCCUUCGAGAUCUGACCAGGAUGAGAUUACUUCCUUUGAACAACCAAGAGAUUCAUCUGUCUCAAGACUGACAUUUUCACAAGAAAACCCUGUGAUCCCUUCCAUGGCCAAGGAUUGGACACCGAUGAAUCAAGGUGGUGGUGGCCAAAACCUCAAUGCAGGGUCAUCUGUUGAAGCAUCAAGGACAACCACCUCUUCUAGAGAUGAGGCUUCAAUGAGCAAUGCCAGUGAAAUGGAGGCAGAAUGGGUUGAACAAGAUGAACCUGGAGUGUACAUCACAAUCAAGCAAUCCGCUGAUGGAACAAAGGAGCUUCGCCGUGUCAGAUUCAGCCGUGAGAGGUUUGGUGAGGGACAUGCAAAGAAAUGGUGGGAAGACAACAGGGAGAGAAUUCAAGCUCAAUAUCUCUGAAGAGAAGUGGAUGGAAUCCUCAGUUUUGUUUGCUAGAGAUUGUAGUGUUGUUGAUUCCAGUUUAUGGAGUGGAAGUUAUAUACAGAAAACUAGCCUUCACAUCAGUACCAAUGGUGAUGGUCUCAUGCCAUUAGUUAAAUUACAAACAAUGCAAGAAUUUGCUUUUGUGGUGACUCCUUUUGAAGCCCUAAGGGUGUCAAUCUUGCAUAUUAUAAUAUAUAGAUGUAAUAGUCAUAUAAGGCCCUUUCUCUCUUUAUGUUAUUUUUUCUUUUUAUCUUCUUCCGGGAUAGUGGUUACAAUUGUGGUCAUAGUUUCUGUUAGUCAUUUGCUCAUAUUGGUUACUUCAGAACAAUUGUUACUUGUGUUUCCGUGAUUUAAUGCUUAAAUGUUUUUGUUUCUUAUA